AUGGCAACCAAGAGCGAGGAAGGUCAAACACUGCCGCCAAACACCUUGACAUUACAAUGGACAUUUGGACUAACCAGCAAUCCAUCAUGUUCAAUUCAUCAACUGCCACAAACCGACAAGACAAAACCGCGGAGACUGUUUUAUGCUACUUCACAUACUGCCCUGGUCAAAUCACUGGGCGAUGACAAGCAGACUCUCUUGCAAGGACAUUGCCAUGCCGUUACCGCAACCGCAAUAUCACCCUCUGGACGAUUCAUGGCAACAGCUGAUCACGGACCUGCCUCCUUAUUGGCGAUUUGGGACACACAAGCUGAUGAGAAUGCAGAUUCAGUCAUACCUAUACAAACGAUCUUUGAUUCUCAUGGGGGUUGUGGAGUGUCUGCAGUUGGAUUCGAUGCGCAAGAAGGAAGAUAUGUUGCUACGUUAGGACAUGAUGAAGAGCAAACUAUUUGCAUAUGGGAUUGGACAACAUCAGAGCAGCCGAUAGCCACGUUUUCUGUUAUAGGUCCCCGACAGAGCGUCCUCAGAUUCAACCCAACGGACAAGAAUGAAAUCGCCACUACCGGCAGUGGUAGCUGUAGCUUUUUCAAAUGGUCUCCAACUACCGGUAUAACACAAUCACUGCCGGCACUGGAGUCAAGCACACAAGAAUCGCUGGAUUUCUAUAUACCAGGCUAUGCCAUAAAUCCUCCAACUGCCUUGUCGGGAACGAUCCACGGUCAAAUAGUGCUGUGGAAGGCCGGCACGACCGAUGACAGUCCAAGAUCAAUAGGAAAAUUCGUGAAAAUCCAUAAGGGUUGUAUAACGGGCAUAGAAACACUACCAGAUGGUUUGAUCAUCACUUCUGGAUCAGAAGGAUCUAUACUGGUGCACGAUGACAAGUUACGCGUGAUAUGGACACUAGAUAAAUUGGGAUGUGGACCGAUUGACUGUAUAUCGCUCAUACCGACAUCAACCACAUUGAGCGAGGUGAUUUUGGCAACAUCAGCAGGAUAUGUACAUAGUCUGGAUUUUGGUUCCGUCAAGACACCCUUACCUUCGAAACAACCUCCUCAACCUAAAUCAACGUCAAUGCAAUCUUUAUUAAAUAAUCGGGCGCCACAGCCACCACAGCUUACAGAGUUACUGAAAGGUAUUGCUCGACAAGCAACUGUUGUUGCAUGCUGGCCUGCUACUACAAAUUUCUUUGUGGGUCAUGGUGGAGCGAAUGGAGGCGCUCAAGUGUGGGAUGCAUCAUCCAAAAAGACACUGUGUAGCAGGACAUUUGGAUGCAAACCAAAGUCAAAAGAUGAUUCCCCCGACAAGGAAGAAGUGUCAACCGCCGCAUUUUCAGCAGAUGGAGCAUAUUUAGCUGUAGGAUUUGCAAAUGGAACGGUCAAGUUCUUACAACCGUCGAAUCUAUUGGAUGCACCAUCGCCAUCAACAUUCUCUGCAUCGAAGACGCGGAUUGAAAGGAUGAGUUUUGCACCGGAUGGUAGCUAUUUCGCGCUAGUGGAUAUGUCAUUCGCAGUUGCUCUUUUCAAGAAAUUGGAUGGUGGUAAUGGAUGGGAGUUGCUGGGGCGAUGUAGAGCGCAUACCAAACCGAUAGUUGGGCUAGUUUUCGUUCCCGGUAGUUCAUCACCGAGACUCUUGUCUGUUGGCUCGGAUCGCUUCUUGGCCGAGUAUGAUGUUGCUCAGAGCACUGUUUCGAGUGGGUUGCGUCUAAGUCAACUGUUUCGAAUUGAACAAACAGCUCGACCAACUGCCGUUACAGUAUUACCGGAUUUGCAUGAUCCAGCCGGACUCCCAAGAUUAUUGGUUGCUACUGAUGCUCAUAAGUUACGGGUAUUGGAUAUUGAGGGCCAUGCUUGGAGGAGAACAGUGCUUGGCCCUCCUAUACCCGGACGUGUAGUUUGGUUGGAAUUAUUGCCUCCAGUACAGGGCACAACAGCUCGCUACCUCAUAUUCAGAUCUGAUGAAAAGUACAUUGGCAUCAUAAAAGUGCCACUAGACGGAAAUCCAUAUCGCAGUGCUACAGUGCUAGCCCAUCCGUCUAGAUUAGCAUCAUGUGCAGUCUCUGGUGAUGGGACACGAGUUCUGACUUGUGGCCUGGACGAUGAUGCCGUCCAUUUAUGGAAGAUUGACUAUGCAGCACUUGAAUUACGAGCUGUGUCUGGAGGAACUGGUGUAUACCCUUUCCUGGAGUUGGUUGAUACGACUCCAGAUGCUCGGGAAGAUUUUGUCAAGGAAGCUGAGGACUUCUUUUAUUAUUGUCAAAUACUUGAGCAAGGCGAAGACACAGCAGAGAAGCGCCAGGUGUCUGAUCGAUUGGCUUUAAGACAAGUUCCCAACUUCAUGAGAGCACUUGGAUACUAUCCUUCCGAGCAAGAUUGUGAAGAUUUGAUACGUGAAAUCCAAUUUGGAGAUUUGGAGUAUGGUGGACAAGUUAAGGAUGGUGUCACUUUGCCUGAUCUGAUUCGAUUGUUUGUCAACUACAGAGCCGUGGCGGAAGUAGAUGAAUCUCAGUUACAUUCUGCGCUUAAAACAUCUACUAGUGUGCUAGACGCUGAUCUUGCUGACGAGGACGCUGAUGAUGCCGUCAUAACAAGGAAUGCACUAGUUUCGUUACUACAGAAGCAUGGUGAAGUGGUUACCAGGCAGGAACUGGACGAUGCUAUAGACAGUCUAGCUAUAUCAGAUCCUGAACUGAAUAAGGCAACCAAAUGGACUCGUGAUCAGUUCAUUGAGAAGAUCCUUGGGAUGGAGCGAGCAAUCUGA